UGAGUUUGGAUGCUAGUUGCUCUGGCAACUGUCUAGUAAACGCAACUUGUCGCUAGUCACGUGAUUGAGAUGGAUCAAAACAAAACACUCGUAUACAUUAGCAAUGUAGCCGCAUGACACGUUCGAUUAACCUCUCUCCGUAUUUCAGCAAACACCACAAAGCCGUCCGUUACCAUUAUCAUAAUAUCAACAAUGAGCGGAGGCCUCUUGCAAGACGUCUCUCCUACCAAAAGUCAGAAAGCUACCCCACUAUCGACGCUCCAGGACGGGAAGCUUAUCCUGGACAAUGAUAUAUCUCGUCCCAAGCAGAGAAGGCCAGCCGACAGACCUGCAUCCGAGAGAGUUACGGUGCGGAAGGCCUCUGAAGUGUUCAGUAGCCCGACGAAAUCGUUCCGCCAGCAUAAGAGAAUUGCGCCCCUGCCCGCGGGUGAAAGCGUUUUCAGAGAUCGAUCAAAUAUUACAGAGUCCUCCCGCUUUGCGGCCAUUUCACCAUCUGUCUGCCGCUCUAGCUUGACUUCUCUAAAAUCUACGCGUUUGGUUGACAGCUUCAUCAAUCGCGCUACAGAAGUGCAGAGGGCCACUCCACCGCCAGUUGCGAAUACUAUCAAUGACGAUAGAAAUAGCCUUCUGUCAUCGCCGUUCGAAGAGCAUCCUAAAGUUCAUAUCAGACAACCGGUGUCCUCUCCGGCCGCUAAAGUUGAGAACUUCGACGAAGAUCAGGCCGAUAAGACUAUGACACCCACUACAGUCAAACAUGUACAGCCUGGUCUUCUACAAACGCCACAGACAUCUUACUUAUUGGACUUGCAAACCCCUCUUCCAGGGCCGCGUCAGAGAUCAAGCGUACCGCCCAACUCUGAACCAACGAAGGAAGAGAAUAGUAACACCUGUUUACUAGAUCUGGAUGAUACUUCUGCACUAUCGCCCCUUUCGUUGCCUGUGAUUUCAUCAAGAGAGAUGAAGGCAAUGGAGGAUAAGUAUCUGAGCGAAAUCAAUAAUCUGAAGAGUCGACUUAGUGAAGCCAACAGAGUGGUCUCGGAUUACAAACGCGAUCUGGAUUCUGCACAUGGUACGAUCGAUACUCUGGAGCAAAGACUCAAAGCAGAGAACGAGAGACUCGAGAGCGUAGCAAGGGAACUGCAUAUACAGUAUAGCAGAAAACAUGAACAGAAGAUUACCGCGUUGAAGAAGCAACUGGAGCAAAAGUAUGCUUCGAGGCUCGACUCCCUCGAAGGAGAACUGGAAGAACUAAGAGUACAAUUGGCAAAGGAAAGAGAAGAGAAAAAUGACCUCGUGAUGUAUUGGGAUCAGUAUUUAGAGGCUGAGAAGAACUACCAAUCUUAAGUAACAGAGAAAGGAACGAAAGAGCUGGAGCGGAAAUGUUCAAGGCUUUAAUCUAAUUUAACAAUUGCUCCAAGUUGAUACGUAUACAUAAGAAAUCAGACUGGUUGCACUUGCAUUCCUCUAGCACCAGUGAUUAUUGAAAAUUGUAGGGCCAAAUGAGAAUUUAUAUUCGAGAGUGGUAUAGUGCCGCGCAAGC